AUGAAGGAUCAGUCAGAUACCCAGCAACAUCCUCGGACCGAUGCUGAUCUCAUGGCAGCCAAUGCCGCAUUACUCGCAGAAAACCAGCGUAUGGCUGAACUAUUGGCUACAAUGCAGAACAGGGGCGAACGAAAGCACGUCAAUAAAGUAACAAACGCCGAACAAAACGAAGAACAUCAGUCGGAAUCUAAUGCAAAAACAGAGGAAAUGCCCCCAAAAACAGGGAGACGACGAGCUAACCCUUUUUCUGAUGAGAUUAUGAGUUUUAAGAUGCCUCAAAAUUUUACACUACCUAUGACUCUGGCACCAUACAAGGGGAUCGGAGAUCCUAAAAUUCAUGUCACAAAGUUUGAAUCAAUGAUGUUCCUGAACAGUGACUCCGAUCCCAUUUUGUGCCGAUCCUUUCCCACAUUUUUAGACGGGGCUGCGUUAUUAUGGUUUUCAAAUUUACCUGCAUGUUCAAUAUCCAGCUUCGACGACUUCUCCAAGCUAUUCAUCAAUCAAUUUGCAGCCUCAAAGAUCUAUGUGAGGGACUCCGACUACCUUAGCACAAUCAGACAGGGACAGCACGAAAGUCUGAAGGACUACAUGACGCGCUUCACAACGGCUGCCAUGGAAAUCCCAGACCUCAAUUCUGAAGUACAACUCCAUGCUCUGAAGAGUGGCCUCCGACCUGGUAAGUUCCAAGAGGCCAUAGCUGUUGCAAAGCCAAAGACGUUGGAAGAGUUUCGAGACAAGGCGACAGGGCAGAUCGAAAUAGAAGAACUUCGAGAAACCAGGCGAUACGAAAGACAACCGCACCGGAAAGAGGAGGAUAAAACCCCAACAAAAGACCCUAAGAGACCUUUCAGGUUAACACCGAAGUAUGAUUCAUAUACGAGGUUCAACACGCAGAGAGAAGACAUCCUAAAAGAAAUACUACAUAACAAGCUCAUCAAACCUCCAAACAAAGCCGGAUCAUAUCAAGACCAGCGGUUCGUUGACAAGACAAAGCACUGUGCCUUUCACCAAAAGUUCGGACAUACAACCGACGAAUGCGUCAUAGCAAAGGAUCUCCUGGAAAGACUGGCAAGGCAAAGACACCUAGAUAAGUACAUAAGCAAAGCCCGACCAAGUUCAGAAGGUUCCCUCGACCGACGUCAAGAACGGAGACAAAACACACCAGAAAAUCCAAAAAUACAACCUCCUCCACCAAGAGGGGUUAUAAAUUGCAUCUCAGGAGGAUUUGCAAGUGGUGGUCAAACCAGCUCGGCACGCAAGCGCCAUUUCCGAGAAAUGUUAACACUACAACAAACAAAUAAAACGCCAACCAACAAACCUCGAACACCGGAAAUCUCCUUCAGGCAUUCUGAUUACCAAGCAAGGUCGGAUAACCUAGACGACCCGGUGGUCAUAUCCAUCCAAGCAGGAGAUCUAUUAGUUAAAAAAGCUCUACUUGACCCUGGCAGUAGUGUCGAUGUCCUUUUCUACUCCACCUUCAAGAAAAUGAAACUUAGUGAGCAAACUCUGCUGCCAUCCUCAGGCGAACUAAUAGGAUUCUCGGGAGAAAGGGUAUCAAUCCUCGACAGUGUGUGGCUGAAGACAACCCUGGGAGAACAUCCAAUGAGUAAAACAAAGGAUUUACAAUUCCUAGUAGUCGAUUGCAUAAGCCCUUAUAACAUCAUUCUGGGUAGACCUUUUCUAAAUACUUUUUGUGCCAUUGUUUCCACAAUCCAUUUGUGCAUGAAAUUUCAGGUACGGGAGAACCUGAUAGCAACAAUACAUUCAGAUCACAUUGAGGCUCGCAGAUGUUACAAUGAGAGUUUAAGAAUCAAAGCAGAAGCCCAACAACGAGCCGAGCUUACACAAGAAACAUACAACAUCGCCAGCAUUUCAGAUACGGCCGACCUUGACCCGAGAGGAGAUCUCCAGGACAAACCAACACCAAUAGACGAGCUUGAAAAGGUACAGCUAGAUGACAAUAUUAACCAUUAUACUCACAUCAGCUCCUCACUUCUUCCAGGUAUAAAACAGAAAAUAACAAAAUUACUCCAGGAGAAUGCAGACCUAUUUUCCUGGACUCCAGCAGACAUGCCCGGCAUCAACCCGAGCCUUAUAUGCCACAAAUUGCAAAUCGAUCCAAGAGUUCGGCCAGUAUCACAAAAGAAGUGCAACACGGGAGACGAAAAGCGCGAAGCAUGCCUUGCAGAAACUAAAAAACUCCUCCAAGCAGGAUUCAUCGAAGAGCUACGCUUCACAACAUGGCUAUCAAAUGUUGUUAUGGUAAGAAAAACCUCAGGUAAGUGGCGAAUGUGUGUUGAUUUCACCAAUUUGAAUAAAGCGUGCCCUAAAGACGCUUACCCACUACCUUGCAUAGAUAAACUUGUAGAUAAUGCAUCAGGAUAUAACACUUUAAGCUUUCUAGACGCAUACUCUGGAUAUAACCAGAUAUUAAUGCAUCCAAAAGAUAAGGACAAAAUAGCUUUUAUAACAGAAUUAGGAAACUACUGUUACACUGUUAUGCCUUUCGGACUUAAGAAUGCAGGGGCUACCUAUCAACGACUCAUGGACAAGGUUUUUAAUCAGCAAAUAGAAAGGAAUCUGGAAGUAUAUGUCGACGACAUGGUCGUCAAAACCAAACAAGAACACACCCAUGAACUCGACCUGCAAGAGGUAUUCGGCCAAUUAAGAAGGAGCAACAUGCGACUUAAUCCAGAAAAAUGUGCCUUUGGAGUGAAAGGGGGCAAAUUCCUCGGAUUCAUGCUAACAUCACGAGGAAUCGAAGCCAAUCCCGAAAAAUGUGAAGCAAUCAUAAACAUGCGAAGUCCCCGAACAAUUAAAGAAGUUCAGCAAUUAAAUGGGAGACUAGCCGCCCUCUCUCGAUUCCUGCCCGCGGUAUCCUCACACUCACAACAUUUCUUCAACAUACUCAAGGGGCAAACAAAAUUCAACUGGAGCUCAGAAUGUGAAACAGCCUUCCAAAAACUGAAAUCAAUGAUAUUAUCCCCACCGAUCUUGCAGAAGCCGAACUCAGAAAAACCACUAUCCUUAUACUUAUCAAUAUCUCAAAAUGCAAUCAGCUCAGUACUCGUCACCGAGAUAAGAGGCAAAUACGAGCCAGUGUACUUCGUCAGUAAAACAUUGCAACAUGCCGAGCUAAGAUACCCACCUAUGGAAAAAUUGGCGUAUGCACUAGUACUCACAGCAAGGAGGCUAAGGCACUAUUUCCAAAGCAACAAAAUCAUCGUCAAAACAAACCAACCUCUACGGCAGAUCCUCACUAGACCGGAAGUCUCAGGACGACUUACCAAAUGGUCGAUAGAGUUAUCCGAGUUUGAUGUAGCAUACGAGCUGAGAACAACAAUUAAGGCACAAUUCCUGGCAGAUUUUCUAGCCGAAUUAACAGGACAACCAAAUGAGGAAUAUAGCUGGGAAUUGUAUGUAGAUGGAGCCUCAAAUGCAGAAGGAUCUGGAGCGGGCGUAUACUUAACAAACAAACACGACUUACAAGCCGAACAAUCAAUCAGGUUCUCUUUUCAAACAAGUAAUAACCAAGCCGAAUAUGAAGCUUUACUUGCCGGCCUCCGAUUGGCACAAUCACUAAACAUCACGCAUCUACAAGUAUACUGCGACUCGCAGCUGAUCGUACAACAGGUAAACGGAAAUUUCCAGGUAAAGGACCAACUGCUAGAAAAAUAUCACACACUAGUAAGAGAACUCAUCUCUCAAUUUAACUCAUUACAAAUCACACACAUAGCUCGGGAACAAAACACUCGAGCAGAUGCAUUAUCUAAACUAGCAACAACUAGGAAAAAUAUGCAUGAAUCUGUAAUAUCUCAACUAACACUUGCUGAACCAAGCUUCAGCAACAAGAGAAUUUAUUCUAUAUCACAGGAAGAAGAUUGGAGGAUAGCUUACGAACAUUACCUCCAAACGGGGCACAUUCCAUCAACAAUCAAAGACAACAAAGCAUUCAAAAGGAGAGCAUCAUCUUUCACACUCAUCGGGACAACACUAUACAAACGAGGUUUCUCUCAGCCACUGCUCCGAUGCCUAACUACGGAGGAAGCCAAAAUCGCCAUGGACGAGGCCCAUGAGGGAGUGUGCGGGAACCACAUCGGAGGAAUAAGCCUGGCCUCAAAAGUAGCCCGAGCAGGUUACUAUUGGCCGACAAUGAAAAGCGAUUGUAUUCAGAAAGUAAGAAAAUGUGAAAGCUGCCAAAAACACGCACCACUUAUCCACAACCCGGCCGAGAACCUGCACAGUUCGGAGGUAAGCUGGCCAUUCCACAAAUGGGGGCUUGAUAUUCUCGGCCCAUUCCCAAAGGUCCCGGGACAGUUCACCGAUCAAAGCUUGGCAGAAUUUUUACAGGGUUUCAAAAUUAAGCAUCACUUUUCAUCAGUAGAACACCCGCAAUCGAACGGACUUGCGGAGGCAGCUAACAAAGUAAUUCUCAUUGCACUCAAGAAAAAGCUCGGAGAUGCUAAAGGAGAAUGGGCAGAACUAAUACCAGAAGUACUAUGGAGUUACAAUACCACGAAGCAAACAACUACCAAUGAAACCCCCUACCGACUUGUCUACGGUGCAAACGCGAUGAUUCCAAUAGAGAUCGCCCUCACAACAACAAGAUCCGAAAUCAUACCAGCAACACAUAACGACAACAUCAGGCAAAUCGAGCUGGACACAAUAGAGGAGGAGAGAUACAAAGCCGAGUUAAAGCACAAGGCAAUGCAAAGCAUAAUAAAGCGAAAGUACAACAAAACGGUCAAACCCAGAUCAUUCGGCGAACAAGACCUCGUCCUAAGACGUACAGAGGAAGCACGGAAACCACCAACCCACGGAAAGCUCGCCGCAACAUGGGAAGGCCCUUACCGAGUUACUAAAGUACUCGGCAAAGGAGCGUACAAACUCCAAACAAUUCAGGGAACUGAUAUCCCUGGAAUAUGGAAUGUAUCAUCACUAAAAGCUUACAUAUCAUGA